AUGAACCAAGCUGCCACCCCCCAGUAUUACCAAACUUACCAGCACAACGACCAGCCGCUCCCGCAGAUCCAGCACCAGAACCAGAACCAGAACCAGAACCAGAACCAGAACCAGAGCCAGAACCAGCACCAGAGCCAGAGUCAGCACCAGAGCCAGCCCCAGCAACCGCCCGUCAACGACCAUAAGUACACUUUUAAUGUGUCUGACCACUACCAGGUGCUUGAAGUGGUUGGCGAGGGAGCGUACGGGGUUGUGUGUUCUGCGAUACACAAACCCACCCAGCAAAAGGUGGCCAUCAAAAAGAUCGAGCCGUUCCACAGACAGAUGCUCUGCUUGAGGACGCUCCGGGAGUUGAAGCUACUCAAGCACUUUAACCACGAGAACAUCGUGGGCAUUUUGGCGUUGCAGCAGCCCGAGUCCUACGAGACGUUCAACGAGAUCUAUUUGAUUCAGGAGCUCAUGGAGUCCGAUUUGCACAAGGUGAUACGGUCCCAGAACCUUCUCUACGACCAUCUCCAGUACUUCACGUACCAAAUGCUAAGAGCCUUGAAAGCGUUGCACCUGGCCAACGUGCUCCAUCGGGACUUGAAACCGCUGAAUUUGCUUAUCAACGCCAACUGCGACCUCAAGAUCUGCGACUUUGGCCUUGCUCGCUCGGCUGCUUCUGCUGAGGACAAUUUUGGUUUCAUGACUGAGUACGUGGCGACCCGCUGGUACAGGGCGCCUGAGAUCAUGCUCACAUUCCUGGAGUACACCACAGCGAUCGAUGUGUGGAGUGUAGGUUGCAUAUUGGCCGAGAUGGCAAGUGGAAGGCCACUUUUCCCUGGCAGAGACUACCACAACCAGCUCUGGCUAAUUAUGGAGGUGUUGGGCACUCCAAAUUCAGAAGAUUAUUACAACAUCAAGUCGAAGCGUGCUCGUGAAUACAUUAGGCUGCUUCCGUUUUGCAAGAAGGUGCCAUUUGCAGAGCUUUUUGCUGGGUGCCCCAACGCUGAUCCUUUGAUGUUGGACCUCUUGGAGCAGCUCCUAGUGUUUAACCCAGCGAAGCGUAUCACCGUCGAGAAGGCUUUGGAGCAUCCAUAUCUCAGUAUGUACCACGAUAAUGAGGACGAGCCUUCGGCUGAACCUAUUCCAGACGACUUCCUCGAAUUCAACAAACACAAGGAUGAUUUGUCCAUCGAGGAGUUGAAGGCUCUUCUAUAUGAGGAGAUCAUGAAACCUUUAUAA